UAGUAUCGUCAUCAAAGGAGCCGACGUAACGGUUGCGUCAGCCGUCAACGGUGCGGCGGCGGUUGUGCAUUUGGUGCGGCGUUCCGUUGCACCGGUGCCCGCAUUUCGGUUCGGUUCGCCUCGCCUCGCCUUGCUCUGCCACACCUGCCUUUCGUCGCAUCCUCUUUUGGCAUAUCGCGAAGCAACGCGCUUCUCUCGCCAACGUGGGUAAACACGCGUCGAUACUGUCGCGUGUGCCGCCGCGUGGAUGAAAAUGCCGCGCAAGAGAGCAUCCACGCUAUACGGGACAUCGGCUGGACGCAGAAACGCCACUAAAAAUCCAAGGUGAUCCUUUGUGUUUCCACCGUAUACAACAGAUUCAUUUUUGUACUCUGUUCAAAUAUCGAAAGCUCCAGGCAAGAAAUGGAAGAAUCUCAAAGGUAUGAGGAAUCUGAUAUGUACAAGGAACAGCCACCUUGCAGUUUACGAAAAUUGGGAGACAUGGUUCCAGCACGUGUCGUGCUGUACAUGCUUUCAUUUUCCGGAUUUCUCGUGUCUUUCAUGAUGAGAACGGACAUUCAUAUCGCCAUGGUGGCCAUGGCGAAGCUGCCAUCAACAUCGAACAAUGAAACCACAUCGUCUCACUGUUACACAAUAUCAAAUACGUCACACACAAAUACUACUGUAAUCAGGCCGGAGGACGCUGGCGAGUUCGAGUGGAGUCCAGCUAUUCAAUCAACCAUUUCCAGUUCCUUUUAUUGGUGUUACAUACUUUCGCAAAUGCUCGGCGGUGUUCUCACUCAGUACUUCGGCACGAAAACUAUAUUCGGCGGAUCUCAAGCCGUCACUGCCGUCUGCAGUCUGCUUAUGCCGACUGCCGCGGAGAUCCAUUAUGGGGCCAUGAUAACGUUGCGCAGUAUACAGGGCAUUGCAAGUGGACUCACAUGGCCCGCGAUGUACGCCGUAAUCGGGCACUGGAUUCCACCCGUGGAACGCUCACGCUUCAUGUCUUCCUUUCAAGGGUUCAGCAUCGGCAUCGGAUUGACCUAUCCUUUGUGCGCGUUCAUCAUCGUCCAUUUCGGAUGGAGGGCCGUGUUCUACACGACUGGCACCGUCGGUCUCGUCUGGUGCGUCUUUUGGUAUUUUUACGCCUUCGACACGCCUGCCUCGCAUCCCCGAAUAUCUAAGCCGGAACUCCGUUAUAUUCAGGAAUGUGUUAGAAAUCAAGUUAACGAAGUGAAUGAGGAUCUGCCCGUUCCUUGGAAAUCUAUUCUGACGUCCUGGCCAGCGUGGGCUAUCGGUAUUACGACCUUCGGAAGAAUAUGGGUACAUUAUGUCUUUAUCAUUCCCGGUCCGAUGUACAUGAAAACGGUGUUGGGAUUCAGUAUACAAGCAAACGGUAUCCUGUCAGGUGCACCAUUUAUCUGCAGCUACUUAAGCUCCGUUGUAUUUUGCUACGUUGCGGAUCUGCUAGUCACGCGGCAAAUCAUGACGUUAAUCACUGUGCGCAAGAUAUUCACCGCGUUAUCUCAAGUGGUUCCCGGAAUACUUGUGAUCUUAAUUGGCUACUUAGGCUGCGAUAUUAUCCUAGUUUUAAUCGUGUGGUUCAUAGCUGUUACUCUCAUAACAGCCGGCUACGCGGGUGCGAUGGCCAAUAUUGUCGACAUCGCACCCAAUUUUGCUGGACCAGUGUUAGCGUUCGCGCAAACGAUUCACAUGACUGCUAGUUUCCUAUCUCCUAUAGCAGCUGGUCUGCUCACACAAGAAAGCCAAUCUCUCGAUUCGUGGAGAAGAGUAUUUGCGGUUACUGCGGGUGUAUCUUGCAGUACGUAUAUUGCCUAUCAAAUAUUUGGUACAGCGGACAUACAGGCGUGGAACUAUCCCGAUCAAAAAUAUCCUCAGUCUCUUCGAGAAGAAUACCCGUUAAAUGGCUCGUCGCGGAAAAAAAUCAAGAUUCUUCCGAGCCGAAAAAUUCCGUCAGAACAAACGUAAUGUCUUUAUUUCGAUUUCUUAUUUUUCUGCUGUCGUCAUUCCUUAUGUUAAAACUUAAUGUCUCUUAACGCGCAAAAGACAGUCGAAUGUACGAAAAAUACCUAUUUUCAAUACCGUUCUAUUGUAAAUAGAUCUGAUUGUUGAUGUGGGAGAAAUUGUAUAGUGGUCAGGGUAUUAUGUAUCAUAGAAGAAUAUUUUUGUGAAAGGAUUGCCUCAGGUACAUGACAAAAUGUUUCAGUCAGUUUUUGACAUAGGUUAUACGCAAUAUACUGAUAUAUAGAUUGUGCACAAAUUGGAAGAAGUAAUUGAUAAUAAUAUGUAGAAUGCAUUUUUUGUGAGAUAUCACGUGUUGAGCAAUUCUAAUCGGGUAAUUUAAGAUACGCUGCAUUUUCAUGACAACGCUAAUAAUUUCCAGAUACUUAAACACAGACCACGAGCAAUUAUUUUUGCAUAAUAUCAUCGCUUGAAUUUAAGUAAAAUCUUACUUUAUUAUUAGCAAUCUCAAAAUAGCAACAUAUUUUCAAUCACUCGAAUUGAAUGAAUUCAAUUGUAAUAAAAAAUUGAAAUCUUUUCAAUGAAGAGUGAAAUCUCACGAAUGUUUGCAUUCUAACGGCAAGCAACGUAUGAUAUUCCUCAAUUUUGCUUUGUUAUAUUGUAUUCUUUAUUCUGAAGUUAUACAGUCAUUUAUUUGAAAGAUAACUUAAAGAAUGAUUACUUAAGAAUGAUUCAUAUUAUGAGAUAUGGAUCUUAUAAAAGUACUAAAUAGUUACUUAUUUUUCUUUAGUUGUAUGCAUAUGUUCCAGAACAAUGACGAUUUUAUGCACGUAAAGUUCUUAAUAGUAAACAUAUAUAUAAGCAUAUGCAUAUAUGUAUGUAUGUAACUUCAUCAGUACUCUUGUACGUUUCAAUUAUAUACAAACAUAUAUAAUAUAAUAUAUAUGUAUAUGUAUGUUUGUAUGUAAUUGAAACAUGCGACAGUAUUAAUCAAGUUUAGAGAGAUACUUUAAAUAUACACCUACUAAAUAUAGCUUUUAUUUACACAGUUCUCGAAAUAGAAUUCAUUUUUAAUUGUCAUGAAUUAGAAAGAAUUAAAUAAAAUCAUAGGAUUGAGAGUAUUUUCAUUGAUUCUUAUACUUUUUACAAUCAGUGCCUUGUGGUACAUAUAAAGAUUUUAAAGUUGGUAAUAAAACUCUAAUAGAGAGCUCUCUUGAUACGCCCAGUAAUUUAUUAGAUUUUACAAACUAGUGUAGAUUUCUACGUAACACCUGAUAAAAUGUUCACUAUUAUAACACUCACUUGCCAUUAUAUAGUGCUGAAUGCAAAAAAAAUACUUAGCGUCGUGAAAAUCGUAUUAUACAAAUAAAUUGUCAAGAGCCUAAUUCCGUAUUUAGAUCAAAUGUCAGAUAAUAAAUAUAUCCACUUUAUGAACGUCGCAAGAAAUUAUUAUGUUGAUUAUUUUUUUCCACGAAUUUUUAUAUUCAUACAUUAUAUGCAAUAAUAUUACAAUUUUGUAGUUUUCGUUAAUAACACAUGUUCUACAAAAUAAUGUGAGUGUCACAUUAUUUUCAUCAAAUAAAUUUAAUACUUAAAUAGCUUUCAUCGAAAUAUAAAUACUUAAAUAGCUUUCAUUAAAUCUUGUUUCUUUAAUUUUAUCUUGUUAUUCAUAAAUAAGAUAUUUUGUUGGCAAUUCAGAUAUAUUAGUAUGUAAGUACUUUUGUAAAUACAUAAGAUUUAUACCUAGAU